AUGCCUUCUCAACGCGACAUAGAAGCUGUUGUACCAGAUGAGCGUGCACCAUUGCUCUCGCAUGAUGCUGUACGCCAACGCACGCCUACACCUUCUGAAGGCGAUGAAACAAUAAACGAGCCUCAAAAGGAGACAUCCAGGACCUGGUAUUAUGUCUGGAGAGGCCUUCUGACGCUAUUUGCCAUAUUGGUUGUUGCUGUCUUUGUCAAAGGGUGGAUAGACGCAGAUGACGUCGAUUUCGAUCUGAAAGGCGCAUUGAAGCGUGCAUUGGGUGGAGGCUUGAGUGGUGCUGCGGCGAUGAUCCUGCAAGUAUUGCUUCUAAUGCCCAUCCGUACGAUCAUGAACUACCAAUACCGCCAUGGAACAUCAACGACUGUCGCAACGAGAACCUUGUACGCAGAUGGUGGCAUAAGCCGAUAUUAUCAAGGCAUGGGUGCUGCACUUUUCCAAGGGCCUAUCGCACGAUUUGGAGACACAGCCGCCAAUGCUGGUAUCCUGGCCUUGCUGCAAUCCAAUGGCUUCUUGAAACAGCUUCCAUCGCCCAUCCAGACAAUCUUCGCCUCUGCAUGCGCCGCGGCGUUUAGGAUGUUACUCACACCCAUCGAUACGCUGAAGACUACACUGCAAGCCCAGGGUUCCAGCGGUUGGGCACUCCUCCAGCAACGUAUCAAGACCGAUGGUAUUGGCAGUCUCUGGUGGGGUGCGUUCGCCACUGCGGCAGCGACGUUUGUUGGACACUACCCUUGGUUCGCCGUAUACAACUUUCUCUCCGAAACGAUUACAGAGCCAUCGAAGCAGCAAAUCGGAUGGUGGUUAUUACGUGCGGCUUUCAUCGGUUUUUGCGCAUCGGUCGUUUCAGAUACGAUAUCUAAUUCACUUCGUGUCGUGAAGACAUAUCGACAAGUCAACGAUAAGAGAAUCUCUUAUACCGAGGCCGCCAAGCAGGUCAUUCGUCAAGACGGGAGGUUGGGUCUGUUUGGCCGGGGAUUGAAGACGAGGAUUAUUGCGAAUGGUCUGCAAGGUAUACUAUUCUCGAUUCUGUGGAAGUUAUUCUUGAAGAUUUGGGAAGACAAGACGGGUUGA